AUGCUGUUCUGUGGUAACAACACUGACUGGACUGCAGUUUGGCAGAAUAAAGGAAUCAACAUUUGUUUCUUUGAGUCUUUUACAAGCGGUCUUUUAUUAUUUCUGAUAUUCUUCAGCUACAUUCUACAACGUCUGAUUUAUAAACGCUACGCAACGAAAGUGGAAAUCAAAUCAACGCAGAGUACGUGGUGUUAUGGUCUUCAUAAAGCCAUCAUUGUGACCUUGAUAUUUGAAGCUUUGAUACACGUUAUAAUGCAGGAUAAUCUGUAUAAGAAUCAACGUGUGUUGGGAUAUCAGGUGCAGACGGGUGUGUGCUUGAUAAUUGCGUGGUGUUUGUCGUUGAGUUUGAUGAAUCUGGAACGAACUCAUCUCUUGCCGUCUCUGCCUACACGAAGUCAUGGUUUAGUUUUACUGUGUUUCUGGGGCCUGGCGUUCAUAAAGGAGAAUUUGUGUAUCGUAUCAUGGUGGAGUGAUCAAUGGUGGUGGAAACUUAAAAGUACACAAGAUAAAGUGGAAUUCAGUUUUUGGAUAAUCAGAUAUACAUGUACGUUGGUAGUUUUUGUACUUGGAAUCAGAGCUCCUGCCUUGAACUACCAGACACAACAUUUUAAAAUCAACUCGAAUGAGGCUGUUGGUUCAUCGAGUAGCGCUAAUGAUUCUACAUGGAGUAAUGUCUACGUUAAAUUAAAAAUGAUGUUACCCUACGUCUGGCCGAAAGGUUAUACUAAACUUCAAAUAAUUGUUGGUAUCUGUGUUGUUUUUCUGGCAGCCGGCCGAGCCAUCAACGUUCUUUUUCCCAUUUACAGCAAAUAUAUCAAUAAAUUCAGUAAUAAAGAUACUCCCCUACAGUUCCGAUAUGACCUUAUCUUAAUAUAUGUACUUUUAUUAUUCUUAAAGGGUGGUGGAUCAGGUGCUACAGGUCUGAUAAAUAAUAUGAGGUCGUUGUUAUGGAUACGAGUUCAACAACAUACGACUAGACAUAUAGAACUAAAACUAUUUUCUCAUCUUCAUUCAUUAUCUUUACGUUGGCAUCUUGAAAGAAAAACAGGGGAAGUUUUGAGAGUUGUUGAUAGAGGAACUAACAGUAUUAAUAAUCUUCUCAGUUAUGUAGUGUUUAAUAUUUUACCAACAAUAGUUGAUAUCGUGGUAGCUAUCGUGUAUUUUAUCACAGCUUUUAAUUAUAUUUUUGGUUUAGUCGUCUUUUUAUGUAUGGGUGUAUAUUUAGCAUUAACUAUAAUGAUAACAGAAUGGAGAACUAAAUAUAGAAGAGAGAUGAAUAAACUGGAUAACGCUUGUAAUACGACGGCCGUGGAUUCUUUGAUCAACUUUGAAACAGUAAAAUAUUAUGGUACGUCAGAUUUUGAAAGAAAUAGAUACGAUGAAGCUAUAAAACUAUAUCAGGAAGCAGAAUGGAAUUCCACCGCCAGUUUAAAUCUGUUGAACUUCGUACAGAACUUGGUUAUUUCUGGUGGAUAUUUAGUUGGAUGUAUGCUAGCAGCCUGGGCCGUCGUACAUGGUAUACAAGAUCUACACCUAACAGUUGGAGAUUAUGUUUUAUUUGGUACCUACAUCUCUCAGUUAUAUGUACCGUUGAACUGGCUAGGGACAUAUUACAGAAUGAUCCAAACAGCGUUUAUAGAUAUGGAAAAUAUGUUCGAUCUAUUGGAUGAAAAUGCUGAGGUAAAAGAUAAAAUGAACGCGGGUGUUUUACAGAUGAAAGGUGGUAAAAUACAAUUUGAUAAUGUAACGUUUAGAUAUGAACCAGAAAAAGCGAUAUUAAAGAAUAUUUCAUUCACAGUCAAUCCUGGACAGACAUUGGCUUUGGUGGGUCAUACUGGAAGUGGUAAAAGCACCAUUGUUCGACUGUUAUUUAGAUUUUAUGAUAUUGAGACUGGAACUAUCACUAUAGAUGAUCAAGAUAUAUCUAAGGUAACUCAGGAGUCUUUAAGAAGUGUUAUUGGGGUAGUUCCACAAGAUACUGUUUUAUUUAACAAUGAUAUUAGAUAUAAUAUUCGUUACGGACGAGUAACUGCUAUGGACGGUGAAGUUUAUGAGGCCGCAACUGCUGCAGAUAUCCAUCACCGAAUUCUGGCUUUUCCUAAAGGUUAUGAUACCGUCGUCGGUGAAAGAGGUUUAAAAUUAAGUGGUGGAGAGAAACAGAGAACUGCGAUAGCGAGAACUAUAUUAAAGGCACCGUCCAUAGUAUUGCUUGAUGAGGCUACGUCAGCAUUGGAUACCAAAACGGAACGAAAUAUCCAAUCAUCAUUGUCAAGAAUCUGUCAAAAUAAAUCUACGAUCAUCGUGGCACAUAGAUUGUCUACGAUUAUACAUGCUGAUUUAAUUCUAGUCGUCAACGAAGGUGAAAUUAUUGAACGGGGAACACACGAGGAAUUGUUGAGUGAAGAUGGACACUAUGCUGAUAUGUGGAAACAACAACUGAUAAAACAAGAAUAA